UACAAUCACUACAACCUACAACAACUAUAACUGUCGUCUACUUGCAAUAUUGGCAACAGAUGACAUUGUGUCGGCAAGACGUCGUGCUAACCACGAUUACUGAAUACUGAUAAACGUUUAUCCACAAUCGCAAGUCGACGGGGACGGGAACUUAACUAAUAAAAUAUAAAUUAACUGUAUUUAAACAAUUAUACAGGUUAUAACUCAUAGCCACAACAUUAAAAUAUAAUAUAAUAAAACAUAAAAUUAACUCAUUCAGUUUGAACUUCUAAUCUUUUUGAUAUUAAUUAAAAUCAUUUAAUUAUUUAAUGGUAUUUUAUUCGCUUUGUCAUCGAGUACCUAUCGGACUAUUUAAAAUUUAGAUAGCUAUACAAACAUCGGAAUCGGCAUUAUUAUAAUCGCAUGAAUGAUCCGUAAUAUGGAACAUGUGAAAUCUGAGAUGUGACAGACAGUCUAACAGUGGCAAUGACCACAAAACCAUAGUUCCGUUGAAUUCAAUAAUAAAUUGUGCUCAUACUAUUUUUUAAGUGUUGCGAGUUUAAACUAUAAAUAAAAUAUAAUCUUCCAUCUACGGAUUUGAAUGUUAUUAUGUUCUUAUUAUGAAUUUUGAAAUAUAUCGUUGAUCUGUAGUGACUAAUAAUAAUAUCAGUUAUGUGACAGUUCACUCAAUUGUAAAAAGUACCUAUUUGUAACGAUUGCAUUAUAACAGCGACCACGAUGGCGUUUGGUAUAGUCGAUUAUAUUGUGUUUGGAAUAAUGUUGGCAAUGUCUGCUUCAAUAGGUAUUUACUACAGAUUUACUGGCGGUAAACAGAAAACCACACAGGAAUACAUGCUGGGUAACAAAAACCAAGGUGUUGUACCAGUUGCAUUUUCGUUGAUGGCCAGUUUUAUGUCUGCUAUAACAUUAUUUGGCGUGAGUGCGGAAAACUAUUAUCAUGGUACACAGUUUGUUGCCAUUAAUAUAUCUUAUGUCUUGGGAACUCCAAUAAUUGCAUAUGUAUUUUUACCUGUAUUCUUCAAACUUGGAAAUUUAUCGGUUUAUGAAUACUUAGAAAAAAGAUUUGGUCGAUGGACAAGGACCGUUACAUCUAUAGCAUUUAGCGUGCAAAUGAUACUUUAUAUGGGAAUAGUUUUAUAUGCACCAUCAUUGGCUUUAGGAGCCAUUACUGGAUUAUCAAUAACCUCUUCUAUUACACUAGUAGGUUUAGUAUGUAUAUUCUAUUCAACAAUUGGAGGAAUUAAAGCAGUCAUUAUUACAGACGUAUUUCAAUCAUUACUUAUGUUUGCUUCAAUAUUUGCUGUAAUUGGAGUUGCUAUGUAUGAAACUGGUGGAAUAUCACAAAUUUGGAAGAUUGCUGAUAAAUAUGGACGAAUUGAAUUUAAUAAUUUUAAUAUAGAUCCUACAGAAAGACAUAGUUGGUUUAGUCUGGUGAUUGGUGGUAUGUUUACCUAUGUUUCAUUGUAUGCAAUUAAUCAAACACAAGUACAAAGGUAUUUAACCAUGAAAGACUACAAUACAGCUGUAAAAUCUUUAUGGUGUAGCUUACCCCUUUUGUCAUUGCUAUCUAUUUCAACAAGUUUUUCUGGGUUGGCAAUGUUUUCAAAGUACUAUGACUGUGAUCCAAUCAAGUCAAAGCGUAUUUCACGUGGAGAUCAACUGAUGCCUUUGUAUGUAUCGGAUACUAUGGGAUCAAUUCCAGGAUUAACUGGAUUAUUUGUUGCUGGUAUAUUCUCAGCUGCAUUAAGUUCUGUUUCACCGGUGCUUAACUCUUUAGCUGCAGUUACAAUGGAAGAUUAUCUUAAGCCUUUUAUGAAACAAGAUAUUUCUGAUAAAAAACGAGUAUUUUAUAUGAAAUUAUUAGUCCUUGUCUAUGGUGCAAUUUGUUUGCUAUUAGCUUUUUUGAGUCAAUAUUUGGGCUCAAUACUACAAACUUCAUUGGUCAUAUUUGGAGUUAUUGGUGGACCAGUAUUAGCAGUAUUUACACUGGGAAUAUUAUUACCUCAUGUUAACCAAAAAGGUUCAUUGACUGGCCUUGUGAUUGGUUUGGUAUUUUCAUUUUCAAUUGGAUUUGGUAGACCUGCAGCCAAAAAUUUGCCCACAUACAUAAAUGCAUGCCCUACAGUGCUAAAUCAAACCAUUCAACAAUCUCUGUUGUUAUAUAAUGAGUCAUCAAAUGAUAAUUACUCUUAUUUGCAUCGCAUUAGUUACAUGUAUUGUAUAGUUCUUGGAUUUAUGGUAACAAUCUUAGUUGCACUUGUGGUUAGUUCAAUUUUCAAAGAAGAACAUUGCGAUAAUCCAGAUUUGUUUACACCAUUUGUUGCCAAACGAUUAAGAAAGAGUGGAUUAUUGUUAAAAAAAAAAUUUGUUGAAAUGGAUAUAAGAAAUCCAGAUGAGUUAAAUCAAAUAUUAAGUUAAGAUUAAUUUGUUACUUUUAUUUUUAAAUUAUACAUUGUUGAAGAUCUUUUUACAUUCAUAUCAUUGAUACAUAUUAUGUUUUAUAAAUAGUUAAUAAUAAUGAUAAAACUUUUU